UAGUGCUUCUGCUGCAUCUGCACUGUUGAGAAGACGGAAUUAAUUAUUAAAAGCUAAGGGAUCAAUCUAGAGUAGUGCAUCAGGGAGGGGAGAGAGAGAGAAAGGGAAAGUGCAGUCCUGAGUUUAUAUACACGCCUAAAAAGCAUGCGAAUCCAUGCCAUAAAAGGAUAACGCGCCUCCCGUGUCUCAUUUGUAGGUAAAAUGAGCUACUCCGCCGUCGAGAAAAGAAAAGAAGCGGAACACGGAGACACUCUAUAAUACAAUAUUAACCUUGAAGCAGCACGUUGGGUUGAUAUCUCUGCUGCACUAUUAGGUUUCUUGAAAAAGAGAUUACUUAUUUAUAAACAUUUUGUACAGUUUAUUUUAAAUAUAUAGCCUAUGGACAUGUAUGUAUGUGUAUAUUUAUUUUCCUAAGACUGUGAUGACAUUGCAAUGUUGAUUGGGUAUAAGAGAAACGACGAGUGAAUUGCAAAGGGUAAACUUAUUUCAAGGUGCUGUCUGUUGGCUUUAUAGGCCCCUAUAUGAAAGGAUAGUCGCGCGCCCUGACAUUGAAACUCAGGAGAGAACACAGGCGAGUUCACACUGCAAGAAAAGCGGUGCUUAAAGAAUCCGCUGCACCGCCUUUUACAAAAGCGCACUCGGGGAUGUAAGAAUUGAACUGCGUCGAAGAUUUGAUAUAAAAUGGAGCAAAUAUUUCGUUUUACCAGUGAGUGAUAUCGCCAGAUCCCUGCAUUAAACAGCGGUUGCUUGUGUAACCAGCGUCUUCUAGUGAUCUGAACAAACAUGUUUGAUUUUGCUGAAAUUCUGGCGAUGGAGCCCUGCAGCCCGCGUUGGAUUUAAGGAGAGGCGGAUAUGGGAAAGAGGGUACCGGAGACACCCAUUCACAUUGCAGGCAUCGCACUGGUGCUCCUUGCAGCGGCCGUGUCGGCGGAGGUGAAAUGCGGGAAUAUUUACAAGGGCUUCUCGGACUGCGUUCUGAAACUGGGGGAGGACAUGGCGGCCUACCAAGAGGAGCAGGAGUCAGAGCAGGGGUUGCAGGUGGUUUGCAGCCACUGGGAGGCGUUCCACGUAUGUGCCACCACAGCCCUAUCGGAGUGCCAGGAGGAGGCGGGGCGUAUCUGGGAGACCUUGAAGGAAGAGUCCAAGAAGAUCCGCUUCCAAGGCAGCCUCUUCGACCUGUGCAGCCCGAACGGGGCUCCACGACUGGGGCCACUAACAAACUACCUGUCCCUCCUGCUGCUGCUGCUCCUCCCCACUGCAAUCACCUGGCUCUCUCUAUAGACACUGCAGCAGCCAGCCCACACCGACCUGGCCUUGAGAAUGGAAGAACACCCCCAGAUUCAAAGUGGAAUCUUCCUUUCACCCACAGGGGCUGGGCAGCACAGCUCACUCAACACAGCCCGGGAGGGGUCAUUCGGAUUCAAUCCGCUGUAAACAGGUUCACUCCCAGACAAUCAGUGUCCAUUUGAGAAAAUACUACUGUAUACAAUAGGACUGGUAAAUACUGUAGCCCCACUCAUUACAAAGAUAAAUAUGUAUUCUGUAGAUGUUUGCUAUUGCUGUAGCAUACUCUAGUAUUUGACUGUUGGGGAAUUUGGUUUAGAGAGGGUUGGGGGAGGCGAGGGCAUUUAGUCGCUCCCAAGUGUCAUGAGCCUGCAUGAGGUGGUGUUCUUAAUGAGAGAGUGAGAUUAACCCUUUGCCUGUGGUGGAAUGGCUCGGUUUAGUAGUUUAGGAUGGAAAAAAAAAAUGUCUAUAUAUUUAUUUAUAAAUGUAUUGCUGUGGAAAUAAUUGUUAUAUUUACAUUGCCAUUAUAAGUCGCCAGAGCAUAUUUUUUAUUUAUUUUUUUAUUUAUGAAAAGCAAGCUGUGUUGCCUUUUUGGUCUCAAAUGCUCUCCUUGUUGGCGUAUGACCAUGAUAAAAAAACAAACAAACAAACAAAAAAAAAAAAACGCUUUGCUAAACAUGAUUACUAU